GUGUUUUUUUUUUUCAGUACCAAAACAGGUGUAUUUAUUUGGGGGAAACCGUUUACAUGAUUUCACAGUAUCUUUAAUGUAGCUAUACUAACCAAUUCAACCGUCCACAAUGUUUUAAAGUAUUUAUAAUAUAGCUAACCUAACCUAAUUGACCAUUAGUUAUCAUGAGUUGUAUAUUUAUUUACAAUGAACAAAAAAAAAAAAAAAGACCCCGAAGAUGCUCGAUCGGGCGUUUGACUCUCUCGUCUGUUAAAAGAAGGCUUGCCAACGCUGCUACCGUCAAUGACUUUCUACUUGAAGCCACCCAGAGGGGCCAUACCCCUGCACACUCUCCGAACAUGCGUGGAAGAGAGACUCGAGCUGUUCAGAAGUCUGGACGACUUUGGCGGUUGCCAGAAACCGCAGCUGAACGUCGCUUGCCUGCUAGAUGGCUCCGCUCUGGACAGAACAGCACACUACAUGCUCAGAGUGUUCUCUCUGGUGUCGCCUGAGCUGGGGACGUUCGUGACGCGCAGCGAGGGGAAGCUGUUCGCGCUGCGCCUGGACGGGUGCACGGAGAGGGACUUCCUGCGCGCCAUGGGGGUCGCCCGGCGGCACGCGGCUGAGCGAGCGUCCCUGCUCGACGACGAGGCUGCCGUCGCCUUCCUGCGCACGCUCGCGGACGUAUGCGGGCGCCUGGGGGAGCGGCGCGCCGCCGCGCACGUCCUGGACCCGGCUCACCACCGGGGCUGCUCACAGCUGCACCUGCGAGUGCCGUUCCAGAUGUGCCUACCGCUGGUCCGGAGACGCGAGGUGGAUCUCUGCGAGGGACACGCGCUCGUUCCCUGCGGCAAGUGGAAGGAGCUGCUGUCGUCGCUGUUCGAGACGCACUGGCUCCUGGGCUCGCGGGAGAUGCGGGGGAGCGGGGUGGUAUCGGACGCGAUGGAGGAUCCCCGGGUGGCCGCGAUGUUGCGGGAGGCGGAGCGCCGGGUGGGGGCGAGCGUGAGCGUCGCGCGACGGGCCCCCGGGUCGGCGCUGCGGGCCUGCGACGUGGACGCUGAGAGCGCCUUCUUCCCGCCGUGCGCGCGCCACCUGCACGGCCGGCUCCGCGCCACACACCGCCUGCCGCACGAGGCCCGACGUCGCUACACGCUCUUCCUGAAGGCGGCGGGCGUGCCCGUGGACCAGGCGCUGCUGUUCUGGCGCGAGGAGUACUCCCGGCCGCGCGACGGCUGCUCCGGCUGCGCCCACUCGUGGCAGCGGGACGCCCGCAGGUACACCUACGGCAUACGGCACACGUACGGGCUGGAAGGAGGGCGCUACGACUACGGGACGCCAGCCUGCCACGCCAUUCAGAGAGCAACGCUGACACCACUAUCGGAAGAAGGUUGUCCUUUCAAACACUUUGAAGACUCCAAACUGAAGAAGUGUUUGCAUGAAAACAUAGCGUGUGACGUCCCCACUAUGAACACAAUCCUAGCUUUGAGGAAAAGAAACAAACCUACAGAAGCGUGCGCUGCAUAUUUAUCUGCCUGUGUACACGUGCUUGGAAACAGCAGUGUGCUACAAAAGACUGAUUUACCAGUGAAUAUACACUUAGAGAAACCAGAAGAUUUUUAUUUUUUUCUGAAAGAAAAUGCUUUGAAAUAAAGUACGUUAAUUUGCUUCA